AUGUCGCAACUGCCCCCCAACCCCGCAACUCCCAGCGCAACUGGCCAAGGAGUCAGUCACGGCCACAAGAGGAUUGUCGUUUGCUGUGACGGAACGUGGCAGGACGGGAUCGUCGUUAGCCAAAGAUGGAAAUACACCAAUAUACUGCGCCUUGCUAGGGCCAUAAACCAUGUCGAUGAUAGAUCGCAGCCACCGAUUCAUCAGGUCGUGUUCUAUCAGUCUGGAAUCGGCACUGACAACCUAUACGAUGAGAUUGUGAACGGUACGCAGUCGUCUAGCAAAGUCGAGGAGGCGUACGCCUUUAUAGCACAGAACUAUCGACCGGGCGACGAGGCAUAUAUAUUUCUGUUUGGAUUCUCGAGGGGUGCAUACACGGCUCGUAUGGUCGCUAUGUUUAUUGGAGCAAUCGGUGUGCUCGAUCGCACGGAGAUGGAUCACUUUGCUACCCUCUUCGUCGCGUACCAGAAGCGCGGCAAGUCGGAGGAUCAGGAUGAGAUCGCCAAGUUGAACGAACAACUGGCCCCAUGGACGAGUCCGCAAGCACUUGGACUACAGCGGGCGAAUUGUAGGCCUGACGGCUACUCUGUCAAAGUGCUGGGUGUAUUCGAUACUGUGGGCUCUGUGGGUAUGCCCGAGGAGUUGACUCUGCAUGACGACAAGAUGAAGACGUUGUUUGGCUUCCCGGAUCGACUCCUCGGACACCACGUCGAGAGGGCGUAUCAAGCUCUAGCCCUGAACGAACAUCGAGCUGAUUUCGACUGCGCAAGAUUUGAACAGACGGAGGAAGGGCGGAAGAAGGGGCAGAUACUCCGGCAGUGCUGGUUUACCGGAUCCCACUGCGACAUUGGUGGCGGUUACGAAGAACAUGACCUCUCCGACAUAACCCUGAACUGGAUGAUCUCAAACAUCGGCGACGCCCUGUCUUUCGACUACCCCUACGUCAUCUCCCUUCCGCGCCCGACUGCGGUGUGGGGAACCCAGGCACCGCACAACUCUCGCACCGGCAUCUUCGCGCUUUCGAAGGAGAUUCAGCGCAAGCUGCCCACUGUGACCAACGACGUCACCUACGAAGUCAUACACUCUUCGGUUUUGGAACAGGUCCGCUUGGUCCCGAACCUACAGGAAACCAUUAACAACAACCCGAACCUUGUCGUGCCGCUUCUUCCUUGGGAGGAGCAAGUCAAGGCCCACUGGGAGAGGAAGCUUGCCCAGGCGCCUCAGGGAGCUGUCCAAACGGCGGAACGUAUCCAAGAGAACGAGUCUCAUCACCACCAUCACGCCUCCCUCUUUCACAAGGCAGCCGAAGCCGUCAAGCACCUCAAGGGAGGAGACCAGGACACUGAAGGACCCGGCGACGCUCAUUCGCAGUAUGUGAAGGCUUGGAUGGGCAAAGUAGCGACGGAAAGCAGCGUUGGCAGGAUGGUUGAGGAAUUCUUGAAGUAG